CUUCCGCUGGCCAAUUGACAGUAAACCGGUAUAUCCGGCUAAAUUGAAAGCCCAUUGUACAGCACACACCGUUCGUCCAAAAUACAGCUGGUCGCACAGACACAGCUGACGCUGGCAGUGCAGCACAGUCUGCAGGCAAAUCAACGUGAAUCAACACACGCUACAGCACAUAUUUCCAACUUUCUCCAAUUCAUUUUCCGUCUUCCUCCAUACCCGCCAGUAAAAUCGUCUACCGAAUUUUUUCUCGUAGACUGUGAUUAUAUAAUAUUUUUCUGACGGUUCCAUCAUGACGGCCCCGAAAUCCAGCAUCCAGCAGCUGACAUGGGAAGAUGUCUUGUCGCACAACGAAGAGCGAUCUGUGUGGGUAGUGGUGCACGGGAAGGUGUACGAUGUGACGGCGUUCCUGGCCAGUCAUCCCGGUGGACCGGAUAUUCUGCUGCAGUUUGCGGGGAAGGACGGGACGGAGGCAUGGGAGGAUGCGGGGCAUAGUAAGGAUGCCCGCCAGAUGAUGCAGCAGUAUUGCAUUGGUAAUGUGGCCGGGGAGCGACCGGUUAGUUUGGCGGCCGCGGAGAAGGAGAAACACGGCCACGGGCACGGCGAAAAGAAGAAGGACUGCGUUAUUAUGUGAAUGAUUUUGUACUGGCAGAAAAAUAUUGUAAGAUGUUGAAUGUGCGUCGACCAAAAGAGAUAUGGUGAUUUUAUGGAGACUAUAGCUUCAGAUUUACGUGGGUGGCUAUUUUACAUAAAUCGUAUUUUGUCAUGUGGCAUACUUCUAUGGUAUUUUGGCUACUUGUAUCUGUAUGUAUGCAUAUGGACGUUAUGUAAUUUGGGGUACAUCAGUUAAUGAACUGCGCUGCUUCGACCGUGGCGCACAUUUUCAACGUUUCGCUCCCUGUUUCCGCUUUCAGAAGUUCUUUUGUAGAUAAUCCGUUAAUAUGUGUGUGGAGAAUUCAA